AUUGCCGUAGAGGUGUAGGAACAUAAAUAAAUAUAACAUUGCGGAAAGUAUGAAAGUUUCGAACGUCCCGAACCAGUGCUCAACAUCAUAAAUGUACAAACCGACAAAACAAUGUUUAUUGUUACAAAAGAAAUUGACAGCGAGAAUAUAACAAAAUUAUGUCGUACGUGCUUGCGAGAGGAUGGUGAAAAAAUGGUUUGUCUAUUUUCGGGCCCUGCAGGAUCGUCUCUCGCUGCAAAACUGAGAACUCUUUCGUGCCUCGAGGUGUGGCAAGGUGAUGGUUUACCAGAAAAAUUAUGUGAUCGAUGUGUCACCAGAGCCGAGUCAGCUCUAUUAUACAGAGAACAAUGUCGAGCUGCGGAUUUAGCUCUGAGACAAGCUGCUUCCAAGGUCUCUAGAGUUGCUGUAGAUACAACAAUAUCAGUUUCAAAGCUCUAUUCUCGACAAAAAAAUGAUUUUGCUUCAAUUGAAAAUUCACCAAAGUCCUUGAAAUGUGCAGAAUGCGAGGCACUAUUUUCAAACUAUCACGAGCUUGGAAUCCACACAAGGGGACAUUUGUCGUUUGUGCAGGAGACCCGGCCUGUACAACACAUGGAUAUAGUGGAGUCUCAAAACUCUUUGAGUUACAUGACAACUGCGGAAAGUGAAAUAGACAAAGCUUCAACAGUAUUAGCCAAUACAUUUGUCGAUUCGAAUAUUUCAGAGGCUGCAGCUACAACGAAAAACGAUCGUGCAUCUUGCGCUCUUCACUGUUCCCUUUGUAAUCAUACAUUUACGAACAGGAGGCAAUUGAUAAAUCACCACAUGCCAACCCACUGUCACGAAGACGCUGAGAACUCUUGUGACGAGGAGAAUUUAACGGUAUCGGAUAAUCCGAAGAUUCACAAUCUUGAAAAUCGCGAUUUUUCACGUACGAUCGAUCAUCGCAAUGCGGUCCACAACGUUAUAGAAAAUUUGUCAUACCCACAGGGAGAUGAUAGUACGAUCGAAGCGAUUAAUUAUUCGUCACACAUGGUACUGGAACCUAGAAAUAUCAUAAGCACCAAAGAAACAAGAAGAAGCGUCAAUUCUCAGGAUCAAAUAUCGAGCGAUUUAUCAAGCGAAUCUUGCAACGAUCACAUACCAAGAUAUCCAAAUUUCGAGGACGUCGAGAUCCAUGAAAGUGUCAACGAGAUUUUCAAAAAUCCUCUUGUCACCGAAAUCCCAGAAACUUUGAAACAGCAGCACAGAUGCAACGUUUGCGAGAAAACAUUUGCCCAGAGGUCGAAGCUAGUUUCGCACUCCCUCAGUCACACCGGAGAAAAACCUUUCGCGUGUCUCAUCUGCGACAAGGCUUAUACUUCGAGAAGCAAAUUGAACGCUCAUAAUCGUUUGCACACCCAAACGAACGUUCAUCGUUGCAACAUCUGCGACAAAACGUUUUCAUACCCGUCGUAUUUGACCGAACACUUGAAAAUUCAUGAUAAAACGAAAAAUAGUAAUGUCACUAAAGAGUACGAAUGCACGGUGUGCAGUAAGCGUUUCAGAUUGAUGAAAAAUUUAAAAAUUCAUUUGCGACUUCACACAGGCAAAGGCCUCGUGCGUUGCGAAAUUUGUCACAAAGCAUUCGGACAAAAAUACAAUUUGAAAGUCCAUCUCAGAACGCACGGUGUCGUAGGUAAAUUCUUAAAGUGCAAUUAUUGUGGCAAAAGCUUUACAGCCAGGGGCAAUUAUGUGGAACAUUUGAGAAUUCACACGAGAGUCAAACCCUUCAAGUGUCGGAUAUGCAACAAAAGUUUUUCUCAAUCAGGCCACCUCAAGACGCACGAAUUAUCCCACAAUUCAUCGAGACCGCAUCAGUGUCGAUUGUGUGGAAAACGCUACAAGCUUGCCGCUCAUCUCAGAAGACACGCGAACACGCAUACAAGCAUCAAAUCUUACAAAUGUGAACAGUGCAACCAAUUGUUUUCACAAGCUUUCAGCCUCAAAAGACACUUGAAAAGACAUGAGGCACAAAUCUAAA